GCACACUGAUGCAUAUACAUAACAGACUGACCGACAACUCUGACUGCACAGUUGGAGAGUGGACAACGAGCUGGUAAGACGUGCGCUUGUCAACAACAGAACAUACCUAGAGAAGACAACCAAACAUGGGCGUUCUCGCUGUCAUCUUCCUUGGAUGUGUGGCACUCCUUUCUGCUUCAUGUUCAGCUGAGAGCAGCCAGAAGCAGGCAGAAGUGGUCGAGCUUCUGGAGAACAGCCUUCGGAUCCUUGAAGAUGCAUUUGACAAGGAGCAGCAGCUAGAGCAGCAACAAGACAUUUCUGAAGUGUCAAGGUACAUCGUAGCUGGUGUCAAAACCGGAACUAAAUCGUGGCGCACUGAUUACCGGUGCGGUGCGGGCUACAAUGCACCAAACGGAAAACCUGCCGAAUGCAGCGCUAUAGGCUGGUUCCCAUGCUGUAGCCCAGAGGGGUUUUGUGGCAAGUCUAGGAACCACUGUGAAUGCCCUGACUGUCUCGACUACCGGAAAGUGUCCUGGCGCAAUGAUGGGCGGUGCGGUAGGAACUACAAGGCACCAAACGGACAACAAGCUGAAUGCAACCCUGGAGGCAACGGCCCAUGCUGCUCCAAGAGCGGGUGGUGUGGCAACUCUAGGAAACACUGUAGAUGCUAUGGCUGUACCGACUACUCGAAAAACUAGACUCAAGCGUAGCGCGAUGAUAUGCAGAGCUGUGAGGGGUACUCGGCACCAAACGGACAACUUGCUCAAUGUGAACCUGACUGCGAAUUUCCUUGCUGUUCCUCGGCUGGUGUUGCAAGACUGGAGAUCACGGUGACUGUUCGGGUUGUGCCAACUACUUUUACGUGGUCUCUCUCUCUCUCUCUCUCUCUCUCUCUCUCUCUCUCUCUCUCUCUCUCUCUCUCUCUCUCUCUCUCACUCUCUCUCUCUCUCUCUCUCUCUCUCUUUCUCUCUCGCACUCUCUCUCUCUCUCCCUCCCUCUCUCGCACUCGCUCGCUUGCUCGCUCCCAGUCUAUCGUUCUCUCCCUCUUUCUCACUCUCAUUACAUUUUUUUUGCUUUUUACCAUUACUUAUUUAGAUACAGACACACAAUGUCCCUCUAGAGACAAAUAACGUGUUGGCAACAUCAAGAAUGUGAGUAGUCCUGAAUUUUAGGAAGAUAGUACUACUAGUAAGUUUGUGAAUGUGGAUCUUGUCAUAGAGGUAGACGUUGUGCCAACAUAUUUUGCAUAUUUUAUUGCUUUUCGUUACCAUUUAUUUAGAUAUGAGCACACAAUGUUAUUUUGUUGACAGAUGUCAUACCAAGAAUACUUGGUGAAAAGUAGA